CCUCGUCCAUCUUCCCAUCGCCAUCGUGCUUCAAGUAUUGGAGGCGUCUCGUUGUCACCGGCGUUUGUCGUCACUCGUUAUUCGGCCGUCAUCUCCAAGAUUAAAAGCCACACCAGUCGGCUCAUGCUCCAAAAUCAAAUCACAACGACGCCCGGCGUCAAUAACGGGCGCCUAGUAGCUUCAACAACAACCUGCUCCAUGGCGUUGACGAUAGUGUUGAUGGCGAUGCAAGUUAGAAGGAUAAGUGAGGGUGGCCGACCCUUGGCCCCAAUCUCCCUCCUCGAAAGACCAAAAACCUCAAAGCCCGGCUGCUGCUGCCGUAUGACGAUCACAUAUGCCAGUCUCACCCACUGGUCCCAUUUGAUACCUACAGGCUACAUGGGAGAGAGCGUGCAAGACAGCCACCGCGACUUUUGCCCAUCCCCAUCCCAUCCCAUCACGGCCGUCGGGCCUGCUGGCUGCAUGUCACCCACACCAACGCCGUCGCCCGCCACGCCCAGCUCGCCCGCCCAGUCCCUCACCUCUGCGGUGUGACAGUGCUUCCCUCCCCUGCUUUGCUUGCGACCGCAUCUGCAGGCGGGCCAAUCUCGAGGCCAGGUCUGCCGCCCGACAGGAUCUCAAUUUCUUUCCCAUCCCCCUCAUCACUGCGGAGCGCAGCUCGCUGCUCAGAAUUCCCACCCGGGGAGAGCCCUUGACUUCAUCCAGCAAUCCCGCAUAUCAAGUGUCUAACCGCCCCUGUCGCGACUGCAUCCAACAUCACUUCGAAUCUGGCGAGGUUAUUAUACCCCCCGCGCGACCGUCAUCCGGGCCCCGCUGCCGUGACUCUGUCCGUCAACAACCCUUUGCUUUGUGCCGCCGCUUCGAUUCGUGACUUGUCUGCGCCUGUCGUCACCAUUCUGCCAUCGGUUUUCCGAAUCGAGAGGUCGGGUGUCUCACCGAACGUACUACAAGCUACGAACAUUCCGUCUUUACCGCCUCAUAUCGCAUCUCCUCCAAGGCCAUCGACGUGACACAGAGCACCGUAUAGCUGGUACCGCUGCUUCCACCUCCAAAUAUUGCUCCGACAUCCUCCAGCUCAGACGUUUUCCCCGCCGCUCACAUCACCCAUGUCAUCGUGAGCCAUUGUCUCUCCGCGACCCGUCGCAACCCGCUACAGCCUCAAUCGGAACUUUGGCCGCGGUCGCUGGACGACAUGGCUCCCGGCCUGCAACUUGCUGUCCGGGCCAUCGCUGCCGAUGCUGGUCAAGCCAUCUCGAAGCUGGCCAAGCGUAUCAACAUCCCUCUCACGGCGACAAGCCCUCCAGGACUCGUCCAGGCCAACGUCGUCGACCCGUGGUCGCAGUCUGGCAAGUAUGCUCUGGGCUGGACAUAUUUCGCCCUCGCCAUGAUGGCGUGUGUCAUUGUGGUCCGGGUCUGGCACUAUUGGCAGGACAAGAUUCGCCAGGCCAUCUACAAGCAGGAGGUGGAAGACCAUUACCGACACAUGUACGCCAUGGACGCCGACUAUGCGACGGCGCUGCACUCGGGACAGGCAGGGCAGUUCUUUCCAGAAGGCGAUGGCUUGGGAUAUAAGCAGUUCCGGCCAAAAGCGCACUUCUCGUCAGUCGGUGUCAUCAACGACACCCUGGCGCUCUUCCGGUGGCUCUUUUAUCGGCCAAUCCCCGACAUUGCCAUUGGAAAGCACAGGUUUACGUUUUCCUCCCUCGCCGUACUUGCGUGUGCCUUCAUCGCCGUCGUCUUCGUCGCUCUCUACUGUUUCCUGCAGCAGCCUCUGUUUUGGCAAAGCAUUCGAUUCGGGUCGCCACCGGUGGCCAUCCGAUCCGGCAUGAUUGCGGUGGCUAUGACGCCUUGGAUCAUCGCCACGAGCAUGAAGGCAAAUUUCUUGACCAUGUUGAUCGGCAUUGGCCCGGAACGGCUCAACGUCUUUCAUCGAUGGCUCGGCUACUUGUGCCUCUUCCUUUCGCUUGCCCACAUGAUCCCCUUCUACAUUCAGCCAGUAUGGGAAGACGGCGGCAUGACUGUCUUCAACCAGCUCUUCCCGGACGGAAGCGGAAUGAUUUACGGCACAGGCAUUGCGUGCAUAGUACCGCUCAUCUGGCUCUGCACCGCCUCGCUGCCUUUCAUUAGGCGAGCAGCGUACGAACUGUUUGUCAUCCUACACAUCCCCGCCGGCAUCGUCUACGUGGGCUGCCUGUUCUGGCACACCAAGAACUACCUGAUGUCAUGGAGCUACCUGUACGCCACAGUCGGUAUCUGGGUGGUCUGCUACUUGAUGCGAUUUUUCAAACUCAACUGGACCAAACCCUGGCGCCUGGCAUUCAUGGUCGGCGACGAGGCUGCCAUCACGCUCAUGUCGGAGAACGCAAUCAAGAUUACGAUCCCGACGCAGAUGCGCUGGAAGCCGGGGCAAUAUGUGUACUUGCGCAUGCCCGGGAUUUCGCUCCUCGACAAUCACCCAUUUACCAUCUCGUCCCUGUGCAGCGAGGACUUUCCGUCCGAGUACGGUGAGACGUAUCGCGACUGUGUUCUCGUGUUUAAGCCUUACCGUGGCUUCACGAAAAAGGUGUUGGAAACCGCUCUCGCCAAAGGCCCUUUCCACACGUAUCGCGCGUUUUUAGACGGCCCUUACGGCGGUAUGCGCCGUGACCUCGCGGCUUUUGAUACAUGCAUCCUUAUUGCAGGUGGGAGCGGCAUUACCUCACUCAUGUCACAGCUUUUGAACCUCAUCAAACGGAUGCGAGACGGCAAGGCCAUCACACGCAAAGUCGUGGUCGUUUGGGCCGUCAAGCGAUUCGAAGCACUGGAUUGGUUCAAGGAAGAGAUGCGCAUCUGCCAGGAGUCGGCGCCUCCAGAGAGCGUCACCUGCAAGUUCUUCCUGACUUCGGCAGUGAGGCAUCGUCCUGCGGCCGGGAUGACAGCGCCUAUCAGUGGGCAGAACAGAGCACUCAACCACAUGCUCCAUGACAAGCUUGAUGGUUUCGUGGCCGGCAUCGCCUCGAAGCGGAAUUCGGCCCUUAUCCAGGCCGAGGCUCAGGGCGACCCGGACCGCGAGCGAGAGCUGCGCGCGGAGAAUGAAGAUCGCAUCACGGCGCUGCCACAGCAAAAAUAUCUCCAACCACACCAGCACCUGCCGCAGUCCAGACCCCAUCCAGCUGCCGACGACGGGGUGCGCGUCGGCCCCAACGGCUACCCCGAGGACAAGAAGCGGGCCGUGGGGGACGACGAGUCCGAGUUUCACUUUCCUACCGUUGCCAAGGACCAGCCUCACUUCAACUACGCGCCGGUGUCGCCCCGGAAGCUCCCGCAAGAGACCGGUCAAGACGACGACGACCCGUUACCCGUCCGCGCGCCAGAGCUCGCUCACCUGCGGCGACCCAACAUGCCCGAGCCAUCAAGACAACGACCCGUUUCUACCCUCGGUCCGCCAGCGGGCUUCGACUUUGGCUUCCCCGAGACGCCGACGGAGUUCCAGAAGAACCUGAUGCGAUCUGCGUUCCCGAUCCCGCUGCAGAUGGACGGUGGCUGGACCAUCGAAUAUGGGCGUCCUCAGCUGGGACACAUGCUCAAGCAGUGGGCGACGGGUGGCACGGAUGGGCGCGGCAUCCUAGGCCGGCGGACUGCCGUGUUUGUUUGCGGGCCGCCAGCGAUGCGGGUGGGCGUCGCAAACACGGUCGCAAGGCUGCAGGCGGAAAUCUGGGGCGACGACGAGUUGGAGGAGAUUUUCCUACACACGGAAAACUACGCGUUGUAACAGAUCUGAUGACUGAAACGAGGGGUAGACUCGGAGCUCGACGCUGGAGACACUGUACAUAAAAAGCCUGGACGAUGGACGACCAGUGAGAGGUGUUGUGGUUUUGUUUGUGAUACCAAGUCUUGGCCGCCGCUGGGCACCUUUCUCCUUCGUAUGAAUCAUUGAAUUAAUUGACCUAGCAGGGAGGAAGUUGACGUCAAGUGUUGUGCAUUUCAAUGGGUUGAGGUUUGACGAGC